AUGGUGAUGUCAUCCGAGUUAUAUGACAUAUUGAAUAUUUCAAGCAAUGCUGACGCAAAGGAUAUAAAGAAAGCCUAUAGGGUUUUAGCUUUAAAGUAUCAUCCCGAUAAGAAUAACCAUUCUGAGGAGUCAAAGGUGAUGUUUCAAAAAAUUAGCGAAGCUUAUGAAGUUUUGAUAGAUGUGGAGAAAAGAAAGCUAUAUGACCAAUAUGGUACAGUUGAUGAAAGUGUUAUAGAACAGAUGAAAGAGAGAAAGAGGAAAAGUGAGUUUAUGCAACAAAGACAAGGGAUGUAUCCUUCAGAUCCCUUUGGUAAUGUUAAUCCACUAUUUGGUUCAGAUUUGGCUGCUUCUGCAGGUGAUUUGUUCGCACAAUUUUUUGGUAAUUCAAAUAAAAAUAGUUCAAGGUUUAAUCCAUUUGGUAAUAUGAAACCAAAUUUUAGUAACUUUAAUAAUACAUUUGAAAAUACUGCAAGUGUGGAAUUGGAAAGAGGUCCAGAUAUUAAACACACGCUGCGUUGUUCUUUGAAAGAUUUAUAUUAUGGUAAAAAGACAAAACUGCGACUUGACAGAACAAGAUUAUGUGUACUAUGUAUGGGACAGGGUAGCAUGAAAAAAUCUAAGUGUUUUACAUGUAAUGGAUUGGGUUCCUUGACACAAACAAGGAGAAUGGGACCGAUGAUUCAAACCUUUUCUCAAUCUUGUCCCGAUUGCCAAGGUAGUGGUAUGUUUGUAAAGAGAAGUGAUACUUGUCAAUCAUGCAGUGGUAAUGGUUAUGUUGAAGAGCGCAAGAUAUUCGAUGUAGAAAUUCAACCAGGUAUGGUCAAUGGUCAAGUUAUAAUAUUACCUGGAGAAGCAGAUGAAGUGGUGAACACUAGUUUUGGCAAACAAAAAGUAAUUGCAGGUGAUAUUGUAUUAACAAUUAAUCAGUUGAAGGAUAAUAAUUUUGAAGUAAUUAAUGAUUGUGAUCUGUUAUUGGAUAACUUUUCUGUAAAUUUAUCGAAAGCAUUAUGUGGUGGUACUAUUUUCAUUAGUAAUCAUCCGAGUGGGAAUUUAAUUAAAAUUGAUAUUAUACCUGGGGAAAUUUUAUCACCUGGUGUGAUUAAAACUGUUGCCAACCUUGGUAUGCCAAAGGAGGAGAAACGUGAUCCAGAUGUAAGUAUUAUCAAUAUUUCGAAAGGUAAUUUAUAUGUUAAAUUUGAUAUUAAAUUUCCUACUAGACUAGAAGAGGAUACGAUAGCAAAAUUAAAAGCUGUUCUGAGUGAAGACCGAUAUGCACAUGCAGAAAUGGCGGAUGAAGAAGCAAAAGAUGUCUCAAAUCUAGAUGAUUUAGUGGAAAUUGAAGAACAUGUCUUUAAUAAUUUUGAACCCGAUUAUAGAACUAUUGAAGAAUUGAUAAACAAUAACUCAGAUGGUUUCAAUAGUACAAGUAAUGAUUUUGAUGAUAAGAGCGGAAGAGAUAGCCAUAAGAAGAGAAGAUUUGACGAAGGUUACAGUAAUGAUGGAAUGCAAUAA